AAUCCGAAAGCUCAUGGUUCCAGUUGGAUUCGUUAACCACUGAGCCACGACAGGAACUCCUCCCUUUGUUUUGUUAGGGAGCCUCUAGUCAGACUUUCUGUGGAGCUGAGGGACGAGGGUAAAAUCAGAUUUCUUUUCUUGUCUUGUCUGGUUUCACAAGGGCACCGUGGUUGCGUUUCCUGAACCAGCGAGACCUACAGUCAUGCUGCUGUUGACACUGGCAGGAUCCUCAGCCCUGAGCAGUGCUUCUUGAACACAGCGUUGGUGGCUUUGUUUGUGAAUGUUUCUGAGAGUGUAAAGGUUACCCUCACACAUCUGUUUGCUCUGUAAAGAUAAGGUUCUGGUGGAGACAGAACUGAGCUGUGCCAUGUUCUCCACCUUUGCAUUUCUGUGAAGAACAAAUCUACUUUUCAGAGAUUAUUGGUGGUCGUUACUCUAUUUAAAAAAAAAAGGCUUAAUUGCUAACAUUUAGUCAUUGCAUCAUCAGACCUAGUUGCUUGUACGUGCAGGUCCUGUGUACAGAUCUGGCUUGUGUGCUUUUGUGUUUUUAAUGCGACGUUUUUCUGAGAGACUCAGGGUGCAGAAUAGACAAGGAAGAUGACAGGGUUUCAGGAGGAUGCUCUCCACUGACUUUGUCUCCUCUGAAGAGAACAGCGCAAGGGGAGCGGUGGAGCAGAGAGCUGCAGAUCAGACCCCCCAGGCCUUGGAGGAUGCCGCCUGCCAGGAGGCUCAGGGGGCACUCCCUCUGAGCUGGGCAGGCUGGUAUUAGCGGGACCGCUUCACCAUGGCCUCCACAGUCUGGCUGGACGGCUGACGUGACUGGUGUCCCAAGUGUGUUCGCUGCUGGUCCGGGUGCCGUCCCAGGUACUGCCUGCUCUCAGGGUCCGGGAGCAGGGCAGGUAGGCGUCGGAUGCGCCUGAAGCCAGACAGGCAGAGCCAUGGCCUCCGACAGACUGGGAUGGAGGUGACCUGAGGCCUCCCGGACCUUCCUGGUGACGGGACAGCGACGGGUCGGAGCGCAGGCCUGCGGGGAAGCAGUAUGCAGGAAGCUGGCCUUCAGGCCACCAGUGCUGUCACAGAGUGCACGUUCACCUGCACCAGCGGCCAGUGCUUGUAUCUCGGUUCCCUGGUCUGUAACCAGCAGAACGACUGUGGGGACAACAGCGAUGAAGAAAACUGCCUCCUGGUGACUGAGCACCCACCGCCGGGUAUCUUCAGCUCGGAGCUGGAGCUGGCCCAGGUGCUGGUCGUCGUGGUGGUGGUCACCGUGAUGGUCGUGGUCAUCGUCUGCCUGCUGCACCGCUACAGAGUCUCCAGCCGCUCCUUCAUUCAGCGCCAGAGGCCGGAGGCCGGGCUGCAGCCGGAAGGACGCCUGUGGCCUUUAGACGGCUCUGGACCUCGGCCUGCCUCAGAGCUCAUGUUCGGCCCGCGGUUCAGGGACGGGGUGCCCGGCCCGGCCUUCCUCCAGAGGGAGCGGGACAGGUUCGGCGGCUUCCAGCCCACCUACCCCUUCGUGCAGCGCGACAUCGAUCUCCCCCCCACCAUCUCCCUGUCGGAUGGGGAGGAGCCGCCCCCGUACCAGGGGCCCUGUGCCCUGCAGCUCCGGGACCCUGAGCAGCAGCUGGAGCUCAACCGCGAGUCUGUGCGGGCCCCGCCCAACCGGACCAUAUUCGACAGCGACGGGCUGGCGUCGGUGCGCAGCGGAGGCCCGUGCCCGCCCAGCAGCCACUCAGGCAUCAGCGCCAGCACCUGCAGCAGCCACGGGCGAAUGGAAGGGCCGCCCCCACCCUACAGCGAGGCCAUGGGCUGUCCCCGCGGCUCCGCCCCCGUGCCCCCCAGGGCACCCGGGAGCAUGGUGCCGCCCGCCCAGGGCAAGGACAGGAAGGCUGGGGACCUCGCCUGACCCGCCGGGCACAGGUGCCAGAGGGAGUCGCCCCUCCGCUCCGGCCAGCGCAACGAGCGGUCUUUUCUGAUCCCUCUCAGGGUAGCGGCAGACAGACCAGACGGGAACAAACCUCCAGUCUGGCUGCAGUGUUCAUGGAGGCAGUGUGGGGACAGGGCUGGUUGUGGCAAAGGGUGUGCAUGGGGACCCAGGAAAAGGGGUGCUUGGAAGACAGUGGGGGCGUUUGAUUUAUGAAAGCUGAGUUGGCAGAGGAAGAGGCCAGAAUGCCCUGUUUUUACAGUUAACCCGAGUACAGAGGAAAGUGCUAUACAUUACAGGGGUGAAGCCUCGGUUUGCCUCCCCCCGCCCCAAACUGUGGAACUUUUGUUCUUAAAAUAUGAUUCUAAGUUCCUGUUUUGUGUGCCAAGGUAUAAAGUGAAGUCAGAUGAAUGCAAGGAGUUAAUUUGUGUUGUGAUGCUGCGUUUUUAAAAGUUGCACUGUCUUCGUGUUUAAGAUAACGAGGAAGCUUUACUUGAAGUUCUGUAUGUUUUUUCACCUGUGGAUGGUUGUUACCUCACAGCCAUGCAAAAAAGGACGUAGCCCCACAUUCACCAAGAAGUUCAUCACAUCUCAGUGGAUGCGUCACUGAAACAUCUGCAACUUCUGGAUGGACGAGGCAAACCUCAGCAUUCCCCUCUUGAUCUCAGGCUGUGUGUUUUAACAAUGACCGACACCUGCACUUACACACCCAGGGCCACACGGUGCUGCCCUGGUCCGCCAGCAGCGCAGUUUCUUCCAUCAUUCAGAUUUUUUUUUCACUGUAGCAUGAAACAUACUCAGAUACACACGUUAUUUUAUGCAAUAAAUCGUUCAAAAUGCAAGGUGGUUAUUUGUAUACUGUUGAAACCUGUGACUGCUCAGCGUGUUCCUGUGUUUGCCCCUUUCCUGGAAAACUGAGCUCAGGCCGGGAUGGCUGGUUAGUACGACAGUUGGCAGUCCUCCCGCACAGCACGCUGGCCCGCACAGGAAGCCUUGUGUGAGGGAGGCUAGACUCUGCACAGGACAAAAAGCACAAACUGCAGCCAAAAUGCAACUAGAAAACUAACCUGAAAUGCUGUUAGUCUGAGUUGGCUACUGUGGACAUUUACAAACAUUUCUCCAGUAAACCAGGAGACUUGCUACUUGCUCACUCCCUUUGGUGCACCCAGGGUGAGGGUGGGGGCUCUUCUACAGCUCCCUGACUGCUCUCACAGGGAUUCUGAGCUGCAGUUUGAGUGUCCCAUGUCCUGGUCUUAGAGGUGGCUGCCUGGUGGGGGACCUUGUACUGCCACUGCUAGUCCCACCCACCACUCCUCUCCUAGGCUCCCCCUGCUCGGUAGGUCCCUGGGUUGGGUCUGGUUUGGAGGACACCUCUCUCAGGAACAUCCACAGCACUAGCCAGACUCCAGGAGAGAAGGUGGUCAGUGGCUAUCACUACACUCCAGCCCUGCUGGGCAGCGAGCUCAGUGAGGGCUGUGGUGAGAUCCCCAGGACACACAGAGAUGGCCCCUGACAGGUCAGCUGAGGGCCAUGGGAACCUUGCCUGAGGGAGGUGGACUCGAGGGGCGUGAGACUUCCUUUCACACCACCAUUGAAGAUGCCUGUCAAGCUAGGACCCCCUGGGGGGCUUGGGCAGAUUAUUGGCCAGGCAUCCCCUCUGACGCAGCAUGAGGAGGAGCGCUGAUGGUGUCUUGGUUCCAAAGCUACACUUUGCUGGAGCGGGUAGGUGAAGCACAGGGAGCCUGUAGUCACUUGUAAGUGCGUGGAUGUUUGGCAGGUGUCCACAGGCCUGGCCAAACACUGAAUUCAAGUAACAUCAGUUAUCCUUCAGGACAGAGGUUGCUCCCUUCACCACCCUAGAGAACUGCCUCUGAUGGAAAUUGUUGUUUGAAGCUGCAGAUGCAUCAGACCAGGGCUCGAAUGGUCUCUGAGGCUGGACCUCCAUAAUGAAUUAGUUUAAAAGCCAGGGUCAUAAAUUGGACCGUCAAUUCUCAGACACACAGGGAGAAGGUGCUUUGGACCGCUGUUCCUUCGAAGGCUGCAGCCAGCCUGCUGCAGAAGGAAGAGCAACGGUGAAGACACAUGUUGGUCAUUGUGGCCUAACGUUCAGGAUGAUGGUGGAGCCUGCGGGUCCAGUUUAGAAACCAGGGUUUUAGGCCAUUGGUGAGCAGUGGGUGGGAGUGGGGCUCCGUGACUUCUUUGUCCUAGCAACUCACAGGGCAUGAAGCCCAGGCACACUGAGUCCUGUUUACAGGAACAUCCAGCACCUACUGGCUUUUUCAGAAAGCCUUGUUCCUCAGACACUAAGGCCACCCUUUAGUACAGAGAAUAUUCUGCUAAACAAAUUAUGCAUUUACAAAGUUGAUCUCUUCCAUGACCAAAAUUCAUUAUUAAAAAAACCUUGACAAGCAUACCUUCUGACCACUGCACCACAGAUAUGCUUGGACACACAGCCCGAGUACAGCCGAGGGGCAGAGCUUAGGAAGGUUUGUCAUGAGGACGACACUUAAACCCAGUCACCCUUGCUGGGCGAGAACAUGGGCUAGCAGGAAGCUGGGGACCUUCCUCAUGAGCAAGGAGACCUGCAAUCAGAUGAGUGCGUCUUGAGCUUCAGGUUAUCACCUCCAUCCUCACUUACCUGGAUCUUCUUGUCCAGGUGCAUGAGACGGCCUCAGAGGCAAAGCACUGUCAGAAAGCUGCUCAGGGUGGACAGAGUCCAUUUCCAUCUCCACCUUCCAUAGCAGCUCCCCCUGCCAUGGCCACAGGCUGCCAUGCUGGUGGAUCCUGCCGCAGGCAGGGGCUGGGGGAUGCUCCCCACACCUCCGUGUCUGUGAAGGAAAAACUGGGAAGGAUACUUGGUUUUUGUUAGUGUUUGGAUCUUGUCUAUACAUUGAAACCAGAAAUGCACCAGUGCUGGAUGUGGGCCUUACCACCCCCAUACCCCCAACCUUGACAGAAGAGCAGGAACCAGGCUCCCCCUCUGCUCAGCCUGUUCCCCAGUCACGACAGCCUUGGCAAUGUGCAGACGCAUUUCCAAGUCCCUGCAGUGUGAGGACAGUGUCUCUAAAGGGACAUAGCAAAUGCAGAUGAAGGAAUUGCUCUCACCCAGGUCUCAUGCAGGUCCCAGAGACGUGGGUGGCUGUGGACAUCCUUGCCAGCCCUUUAUAGGAGUUAGGAUUUUAGCUUAGGUGGUUUCACCUUCCACAUGGCUGCAUCUUGCACAGUUCAAGUUCACAUUCACGGCUGGGAUCACCUGCUGCCACUGCUGCUAUCUUCCAGGUCAGCCGAGUGAGAAAGCUCACUCACAGAGAGGGAGCUGUACAGGCAGCACUGUUCUCAGUGUGUGUGACACAUGGUGAGGUGUGUGUGUGUGUGUGUGCGCGCGCGCGCAUGUGAAGUGCUGGGGUGGGAGCCAUAGAGGCCAGGCAGCACUGUUCUCAGUGUGUGUGACACAUGCUCUGUGUGGGGGCAGGGGGAAGUGCUGGGGUGGGAGCCACAGAGGCCAGGUAGCACUGUUCUCAGUGUGGGUGACAUAUGGUGGGUGUGGGGCACGUGCUGGGGUGGGAGCCCUAGAGGCCGGCUAUGUAGAACAGUCCUUUAAAGAGCUCGGGGAGGUAGUAGUUUUAAGUGGUCCAGGUGUCUUCAGCAGAUGUGGGAACCAGGCCCCACCUCUGUGUGCCUGACCUACAAUGGUGCUUUUCGGGGCCUGUCUUAGGUUUUCAUGUGUAAGGUGCUGAAUGCCAAGUGAAAACAUUAUACUCAUUUCCUACCCAAUGGGUAGAAUAAACAUUUCUUUACACUGCAAUCUAAUGUAUAGAUACCAAUUUUAACAGAAAUGGCAUAGAAUUUUUAAAUGCCUAUAUGCUUUGUCCUCUUUUGUAAGGAAUUUGCAAAAGGAUGCACACAGAUAAAAAAGCCUAUGUAGUUCAUUUUCCUACUAAGCAUCAAUAUUAUAACACACGGGCAAUAAGUCCGAACAAGCAAGACACAGCCUAUGGCCAGCAAAUAUAUAGCAAUCAGACUUGAAUCUGCAUUGUGAAAAUACUUCUAAUGAAAUAAUUUAAAAAAAUCCCACAGCUUUUUAGUCCCAUCAGAUGCUUAUUUUAAUCCCUUCAGUAAAUGCUCAGUUGGACCAGUAUUAAUUAGGAAAAAAUACUGAUUUUUCAACUUGAAGGGACCUUAUAUCCCAUGUUGUAGAAUGAAAGGGCAGGUCCCAUGGCAGAACCUCUCAGGGCAAGCACACUGGCUGGCAGCCCAGAUGCCUUUGUGACCAUCUGUCUCUGUGCCUUUCUGACAAACUGAAGCUGUGGAACCAAUGGACAAGCAGUAGCAUUUGCAGGAAAAAUAACUCAGGACAAAUCAGUGCACUUGACAGAAGCCUCACUCUCAGAAACAUCUUUGUUACCGGUUCUAAUUAGCUGGCUGGCUCUCAGGCCAAGUCUUCCCUUUUGGGGUCUCCAGGUGAUCACGACCCCAGAACCAAAGUAGGUUUUGCUGCCAACUGGGGACCACGUUGCAUGUCACAGACAUCCUCUGACACACCAUCUGCUUCCAACUCCGUUUUCAGUGUCUCACUGUGGCCUCUGCAUUUGUCUUCAAACAUUUUAAUAUUAAAAACAGAAAAGCCCAUGACAGUGUUCGCUCUGUCGACCAGUGAAUCGUGGGUACGAGCAUGGAGCUUCCCAGUGCUGUCCACAGAGGCCAUCAGUCAAGUUCCGCCCAUCCGAUGUCUCCAGUCUACUCUGUCAUCAGAGGAUGUUAACUCCAAUGAAUUCUGUGAUUUGCUCUGUGCUGUACGUGCACAAUGGACUCAUACCCUUGUCCUCCAGAAAACAAGUUACUGACUGUUCUUAAACUGAAAACAUCUCUGCAACUGUUGAUGCGAACGGAGCAGAAGUCAGGCCUUCUUGGAUCGACUUUUCAUGGGAAGAUGCAGAUCUGUGUGUGCAGUGGCCCUGGUGGUUCAGCUCAAGGGCCAAGGACCCGGCUUGUCAAAUACUGCCCCAGGUCCCACCUCUCGGGAGGAAGGCCAAACAGAGUGGAUGUUUGAGACUCCGGACAUCUGUCACCACACCAUUGCUUCCUUUCCACAGAACUGAUGGAGGCUGAAACUUUACUGUUAAUGUCACUGGUUCAUUUUCAUGUGCUUGCUGGUAUAUUGCUAUUUUUUCAUUUUAUGGCUUUCCAAUAUCUCACUUUCUGGUGUAAAAGCUGUUUUCAAAUAUGUACAAUAUUAUCCAUAGCAUUUAGUUCAAUUUUCAGUAGACUGCUUUAUAAUGAAAAAGCACAGCUGCAUUUGAACUUUUUAGUUGUUCACAUGAGCUAUGAUAAUCCACUUACUUUUCAACAUGAUUCCCAGUUCUACACAGAAAAAGACUCCCAAUUGUUGUGCCUGUUAUCUGAGCAAUGGUGAUGUCUUUCUUAGACCCAAGUCUGUUAUCUUUAAAGAAAGAUGUUGCUCUAAGUGCUUUGUGUUAUGAAAUCAGCCUUUCCUGCUUGUACUUAAUGCUGUGGUCAAACCAUAGCUCAAAAAUCAUUAAAAAUAAUCAGUGCUA